CUGAGAAUGCGGAAGUUCUGAUCCUGAAAGUCUGAGCGCCUUCAAGCAGCCGAACGUUUGCGCUUUUGGCAAAUAAAUGGUCAGGAUGACUCCGAAACGUUACCUGGAGGGACAGGUGUACUCUGUACCGCUCAUCCAGCCGGAUCUGAGGAGAGAAGAGGCUGUGCAUCAGAUCACUGAUGCGCUACAGUACCUGGAAACGAUAUCAACAGACAUCUUCAAUAGGGUGUCUCAGAGCGUGGAGAAGAACCGUGCACACCUUCAGUCCGUCACAGACCGGAUCAAACUGGCUCAGGCCAGAGUCCAGAAGAUCAAAGGAAGCAAGAAAGCCACAAAGGUGUUCUCCAGUGCCAAAUACCCUGCUCCAGAAAAACUGCAGGAGUAUUCGUCCAUCUUUACAGGUGCAGUGGAUCCCGCCUCCCAAAAGCAGCCUCGCUUUAAAGUUCAGAGCAAACUCCGCCCACUGGAUGACAAGGCCCUCCAGGAGAAGUUGAUGUAUUUGCCAGUAUGUGUAAACACUAAGAAGCGCUCUGAGCAUGAGACAGAGGAGGGUUUGGGAAGUCUGCCGAGAAAUGUCAACUCAGUCAGCUCCUUAUUGCUGUUCAACACAACAGAGAACCUCUACAAGAAAUAUGUGUUUCUUGACCCUCUGGCGGGCGCCGUGACUAAAACACACACCACGUUAGAGACCGAAAAGGAAGAUAAACCAUUUGAUGCGCCGCUGUCGAUCACCAAGAGAGAGCAGCUAGAGAGACAGACUGCAGAGAAUUAUUUCUAUGUGCCAGACAUGGGGCAAGUGCCUGAGAUCGAUGUGCCGUCUUACCUGCCUGACUUACCUGGCAUCGCUGAUGACCUCAUGUACAGCGCUGACCUCGGCCCAGGGUUCGCACCAUCUGUUCCUGCCAGCAACAGCAUCCCUGAACUUCCUUCAUUUGGCACGGAGCAUGACGAAUCUAGUGGAUCUGACUCUCAUUUUAGGCUUGAGGCUCCACCCCCUCCACCUCCUCCACCCCCUCCACCACCAGAGGCAACUCGGGUAUCAGUCCCACCCCCUGGAACUUCCCCAGCUCCGCCCCCUCCACCCCCACCUCCACCUAUCACAGCAGACCGCACUGAUGCCAUGUCAAGUCAAGCCCCUCCCACAGGUAUAGUGAAAAGAGCCCCUACUGAGGUGUCACAGCCGUCGGACGGCCGAGCCAGUCUGCUGGAGUCAAUCCGAAACGCCGGCGGUAUCGGCAAAGCAAACCUCCGCAAUGUAAAAGGACGCAAGAUGGAGAAGAAAAAACAGAAGGAGCAAGAGCAAGUUGGGGCAGCGGUGAGCGGUGGAGACCUGAUGUCUGACCUCUUCAAUAAAUUGGCCAUGCGCAGGAAAGGUAUCUCUGGUAAGGGCCCGGCGGCUGGAGACUCAUCCGAAGCACCUGCCAGCUCCGGCGGGGCGUUCGCCAGGAUGUCAGAUGUGAUCCCGCCCCUUCCAGCGCCACAGCAACCUACCGCAGAUGAUGAAGAUGACUGGGAGGCGUAACCAUGGCAACCCAGAGUUGAGUGCGAAACUCAAGAUUGGAGAUUUGAAAUCCUCAUAGACAGGGUCUGGAGAUAUUGUCUCUCCAAGGAGAGCUGUGGAGUGAGUGUCGAGUGAGACGUUUGGUCUCUUGUUUUGUAACCUGAAGGUCAGUGAAUUAACACAAGUGUAAGAUGAUGUGUUCUAUAUGUCAUGAAAACCCUUAUAGUCUGAAAGAUUAUAUUAUUAAAGUCAACAUGAUCCCAAAUUCACUAUUUACAUUCUUCAUGCACAUUUUUGGUCAUCUGUGCUUGAUUCAUCAGUGCAAAUUAUUUCAAAAAUUUGAAAAUGUA